UAUAUAUAUAUAAGGAUGGCUAGAAGAAAGAGUAAACAAAAGUUGGUGAUCACUGCAAGUGAAUGGGUGAAUGACUUUGGUGGAAAGAAGGAGGGGGAGAAGAGAAGUAAUGAGAAGCCUCUGCCUUACUACUGUUGUAGUCUGUCAUUGCAGCCAUUCGAUGAUCCAAUGUGUACACCAGAUGGUAAUAUAUAUGAGAUGCUCAACAUCAUUCCAUUCCUCAAGAAGUAUGGAAAGGACCCUGUUACAGGAAAGCCAAUGACAAUGAAAGACUUGUUCAAGGCCAACUUUGCAGUCAAUGAUGAUGAUGAGUAUCACUGCCCUAUAAUGAAGAAGGUGUUUACAGACUUCUCACAUAUUGUUAUCAACAAGAGGACUGGAAAUGUGUACUGCCACGAGGCUGUACAGAAGCUAAACUUUGAAGCAAAGCAUUACUUUGAUCUCAUUGACGACACACCAUUCAUCAAGGCCGAUAUACUCACCAUACAGAACCCUGCCGACCGUUCCCUAAGGAAUCUAUCCAACUUCCACUUCAUUCGAGCUGGACUCGACAUCAAGGAUGAGUCAUCAAAGACAAGUAUAUUGAACAAGGAUUUGGAGCAGUUCAAACGCGAGAAGGAGGCCAAGGCACAGGCAAUACGCAAGCAGUCGGGCCAGGCGCCCUCAUUCACAUCGACCGGAUUCGGCCUGAACAACAUCGUCGAGGAUCACCCCGCCGACGCGCCCGGCAAGAAGACCAAGAGGAAGGGCUACGUCAAGCUGAGGACGAACCUGGGCGACCUGAACCUGCAGCUGCACUGCGAUCUGACGCCCAAGGCUUGCGAGAACUUCCUCGAACUCUGCGAGACUGGCUAUUACAAUGGCGUGUCAUUCCAUCGCCUGAUCAAGAACUUCAUGGUGCAGGGCGGCGACCCCCAGGGCACGGGCACGGGCGGCCAGUCCAUUUGGAAGAAGCAGUUUGCCGACGAGUUCAAGCCGUCACUGUCACACAGCGAGCGAGGCAUACUGAGCAUGGCCAACUCUGGCCCCAACACCAAUGGCUCGCAGUUCUUUAUCACAUUCCGUGCCUGUCCUCAUCUGGACAGGAAGCACACGGUGUUUGGCAAGGUGGUCGGAGGCAUGGAGGUGCUCAAGACGAUGGAGAUGAUCAAGGUCGAUGACAAUGACAAGCCACAGAGUGCAAUCAAGAUCAACUCGGUGGUCAUCUAUGACAAUCCAUUCAGGUCGUUGGAUGAGGAGGAGUUUGAAGAGUUAAAGAAACAAGAGUUGAAGAAGAAAGAGAAGGAUUCAAAUCAAUAUGAUCAAUCAGAGCGAGGACAAUGGUAUAGCAAUCCAACAACUUCAACAACAUCAACAACAAAUGCAACAAACAAGACAGGUGUUGGUAAAUACCUUGUGGAUCAAGUAACUUCGACUACCAAGAAGUCUUCUUCCUCCUCUCCAGCAGCGGCAGCAGCAUCAUCAGCAUCAACAAGUACAUUGAAGAGACAGAUAAUAGAAGAACGACUUAAUGAGACCAAGAAACCAAAGACAACAUACGGCAACUUCUCGGCUUGGUGA